GGGCCGACGGGCCCAAUGAUCUUAAUGGCGGAGUUUAGACGCCUUGUUGUCCGCCGAAGGACCCUUCGUAAAUCCAACAUGGCGGCGUCCAUCCGGCUGUGCUGUGCCCUCCGCGUCUCCAUCGGAGGUGCAGCGCCCCUGCUCUGCGGUCGAGGAGCCGUCCAGGCGUCCCAGCUGGCGAGCCGAGCCCCCCUGCAGAGAGGCCCCGCGGCCCCCCGGUGUCCCCCCACGGCGUGGCAGCAGAGCAGGCAGGGCAGCUUCUUCAACAAGCUGACGGCUGACGAGCUGUGGAAAGGCGUGUUGGCGGAGUCGGGUUCUGGUGCCAGGAAAGGCCGAGGAAAGAGAACCAAACGCAAGAUGAAGAAAGACCUGAACAGAGGACAGAUCAUUGGAGAAGGUCGCGGUGGGUUUCUGUGGCCCGGUCUGAACUCUCCGGUUCUGAGGGACGGGACCCUGCAGAGCAUGAGCCGCCGGGGGGAGAGCGAGCAGCUGGAGAUGCAAGCGGAGCUCGUGCGCCAGAGGGACGAGUGGGAGAGGAGGAGGAAGAUGAGGGUGAAGAGGGAGAGAGGGUGGACGGGUAACUCCAUGGGGGGCACCAGCUUGGGGCCCCCCGACCCGGGACCCAACGGAGAAACAUACGAGGACUUUGAUUCACGCGUCAUUGAGGUGAAGAGCGUGUUCAACAUGACGGGCAGGGAGGGCAGGAAGAGGUCCAUCAGCUGUCUGGUCGCCGUGGGCAACGGAAACGGAGCCGCAGGCUUCGCUUUGGGGAAAGCAGCCGACCGGAUGACGGCUCUGAGGAAGGCGAAGAACCGUGCGAUCCACUACCUGUACUACAUCGAGCGCUACAACGAGCAGACCAUUUACCACGACAUCCAGUCAAAGUUCAAGAGGACGACGCUCCGCAUGAAGAAACAGAACGAAGGUUACGGUCUGCACUGCCACCGCGCCGUCAUCACCAUGUGCUAGCUGAUCGGGUCAGAGGAGAUGUACUGCAAGGGUCAGGGCUCCGUCCACCUGCUGAACAUCACCAGGUCGCUCUUCAUCGGACUGGCCCGGCAGGAGGUCCACCAGACGCUGGCCGACAAGAAGCGGCUCCACGUGGUGGAGUACCAGGCGCAGCGGGGGCCGCUGCCCCGGGUGGUGGCCAGCCCGAGGGGGGGGGCCCGAGCCCAGCCGGAGGCCCCGGACGAGGUGCCCGACACCCGGCUCAACUGGGACGACGUGCGGGCGGCGCAGGGGGUCAAACGCUCCAUCUGGGGGGGGGUGAAGCGCACCAUCUGGUAGCCUCCCCCUGAAGAGGAGGAAUGUCCAUCUCCCAGAAUGCAUCAGUCAGACCAACAGUGACACAAUGUUAACGUCGUUUCUUCCACCUUGAACUGCAAAAUAUGUCAAUGUAAUAAAAUGUGUCUCUGAACACGCGUGA